GUUAAAUUUCAAAUCAAUGUACAAAAACUAAAAAUACUUCUACGAUGCAUUAAAAGUACGAGAUAAUCGUGAUCCUACAUAUAGUGUUAAUCUUCCUUCGCAUUCUCCAAAGAUGCCAUUUAAGCGACCUUUUUAAGCAGAAAGCAUUAAUCGAUCAAUGGAGAACAACAAGUGUCGUUACUCUGAAAAGCAUCUCGAUUAGAGUCCUAAUUAAAAACUGAAAGCAGUUUAACAGCCAGCUUAUUUUAGUCAAGAAGGUUUGUUACUAACAAGAAAUAGCAAAUUGCCAAAUUACGAACCCACUCGUUGUUCUAGCAAUGAAAACGGUAUCAUUAGAGCCUAUGCUGCAAACACUAACUAAGGGAUUGUGAGAGAUUACAAUGAGGACAGAGUAUCUAUAAUAUUGAAUAUCGUUAAACCCUAAAAUAGACAACAUGAGAAUUGGCCAAGAUGUUCCUUCUUUGGUGUCUAUGAUGGUCAUGGUGGCUCUACAUGUGCAGAUUUCUUAAGGGAUAAUUUACAUCAAUUCGUAAUAAAGGAAUUAGAUUUUCCUUGGAAUCCAUAUGAAGCACUAAGAAAAGGUUUCGCAGCAGCAGAAUAAUACUUCUAAGACUUUGCAAUAUCUCAAUUCAACAAAGGAAUAGCCGAAAGAAGUGGGUCUUGUGCAAUUGUGGCUUUAUUAGUAGGUGAUGUUUGUUAUGUUGCAAAUGUUGGGGAUAGCAGAGCAGUGUUAUGUGGUGGUAAUAAUAAAUCAGCAUUGCCAUUGUCACGAGAUCACAAGCCUUGUGAUGAACUUGAAAAACUGAGAAUAUAGAAGGCCGGUGGGAAGAUAUAUUAGUAAUCAAUUUAAUUAUAAAUUAAGAACAUAAUAAUAAUAAGAUGAUCAAUAAGUAUUUGUUGGACCUCUAAGAGUGUUACCUGGAAGGCUAUCAGUGAGUAGGACUUUUGGAGAUAUUGAGGCCAAAUUAGAAAGAUUUGGAGGUAAACCAAAUGUUGUUGUUGCAGAACCAGAACUAAGAAGCUUUAAAAUUCAAGAGGAUCAUCAGUAUAUUGUACUUGCUAGUAAUAUUUUGAUAUAUAAUUUAGGUGAUGGAAUAUUUGAUAAAAUGUCAUCGAAUGAAGUCGUGGAGAUCAUGACUAAAGAAUUAGAUGCUAAUUCUAAUAUACAUCAAGGCUGUAGCAUUGGAGUAGAAUAGGUUUUGAAGGAAAGUAUCAAUAGGAGAACUUUGGAUAAUAUUACUGUUGUUGUGGUGGCUUUCUAGGGGGAACAGAUGAAAAGAACGAAGAAUGAGAUUGUCAAAAGAAAUUAAAUUAAGAAAACAGUGUAGGCUGUGUUAGGCAAUUAGGAAGAUUAAGAGAACACUCCUGGAUUAAUUAAUACGUAUAAACGAUAUAUUUGA